CUUGUUCGUGUCUUUUUGAUUCUAGCCAUUUAUAUAUGUGUAAGAGACCAGAAUUGAGUGGAAUGCUAUCUUAAACAAGUCAAAAAUCUGUUAUAACCUUUACAUAUACUACUUAAAUGAAGAAAGGUAAAACACCCCACAAAAUUCCAACUGAUAAUCACCCUAUUCAGACACUGGUGAAUAUGUCCCUCAGUCCAAGCCGACCUUCUUCAUCAGAGUUGGUGGAACUUCAUGUUUUUUAUGUCCCUGAAGGAUCAUGGAACUAUAAGCUAAAUACCAUUUCAAUAGAAGUUGUUAACAAAUUCAUUUCAGCUGGAUUUAUAAGAGUAUCUCCUCACCUUACUUUACAAGCCCUGAGAGAGCGUCUCAGUGAGUUCCUUGGUGAAGAUGCUGUUGCAGAAAAAUUUUUAUUUCUGAAAUGCAUUGGAAAUAAUCUAGCUGUGGUGAAGGCAAAGCAAGAAUCAGAACUGAAACUCAAGUCAUUUGUUCCUCCAUAUGCUCUUCAGCCAGAAUUAUAUUUGCUUCCUAUAAUGGAUCACUUAGGAAAUAUUUAUUCAGCAUCAACAGUUUCUUUAGAUGAGCGGCAGACUAAUACCGGUGUUGCUGAGGCUGAUGGAAUAAUCCACAGACCAGUUAGUGUAACUUUGCUGAAGGAAGAACCUGGAACAGAUCCCAGUUUUUUAGUAAACACUUUGAAAGAGCUUCUUAACAAGAAUCGAGAAGAAGCAGGGGGAAAAGACACUCCAAAAGGAAACCAAACUGGAAAAAAUCGAAUUGGAAAUUCUGAAGUGCCAGGAUCAUCAGAAGAAUCAAAUAGUGAUUUAAGAAACAAAAAAAGUCUGUUUCUUUGGAAAAAUGAAGAUGAUAGAGUUAAUACCAUUAGAACCGAGAACAAUCAGAUAGGUAAGAAAGAGUGCAUCACCCUACCAGAUCUUACUGAUUUUCCUUCACUUCCUUGUCAACCUGCUCUUUCUCCAGUAAUAACUGAUAUCUCUUUAUUACAGAUUGAAAGAGAGAAGAUUAUUGAACAACUGAAACAAGUAAAGAAAGAAAGAAGAUAUCUGGAAAGAAUUAGAGAAGAACUAAUUAAAAAAGUUGAAAAACUAUUUGAACAAAGCAAGUUGAAGCAAUGUCACGCCUGUGAUGAUUGGAAGAAAAAAUAGUUUGAAACAAAGAAAAUCACAGCAUCGUUGGAGGAGGUUUUAACAAAACUGCGAGAAGAUUUAGAACUUUACUAUAAAAAACUGCUCAUGCAGCUUGAAGCCAGGGACAUUAAGAUGAGACCAAAGAAUUUGGCAAACAUCACAGACUCUAAGAAUUACCUUAUAAUCCAGAUCACUGAGGUACAGCAUGCUAUUGACCAACUUAAGAGAAAACUGGAUACUGACAAAAUGAAACUCAUAAUGGAUGCUAAGGUGAGAAAACAAGCAGUUUCAGAUUUAUGCAUGCUGAAAACUGAACUGGCACAGAAAAAAAUAACACAUCUGUACAGGCUCAGUUGGUUCCUGGAAAUGUGCCUAAUUAAGAACUCAGCAGAUGACUUCAUCUGUGAUGAAUCAGUCAUAUCAAAAGGGAGCAUUGGCUGCUGCAAUACAUUCUGACAAGGCCGGACUUUGUUCAUCAUAAGACAUCACAAAGAGAAAGUCACAAGCAUCUGCAAUUCCAGUGUAAUUAUAGCACCUGUCUUUGCACUUUGGAGACCAAGUUACAUCAAAGGUUACCUGUGGAAAAACACGUACCAUUUUAUGUAACAUGAUCAAAUAUGCUUAUUAUGUCAGUUUUUUAUUAUAUAUAUUUGCUUCAUACUACCCAAGAAAAAAAGAUCUAUUUACAUAUAUGAACAUAGGGUUCUAUAUGCUUAUA